GUCAUAUACUUCAAAUCUAAAGAUGUCAAAUAAUUUCAAUCGAAGCUCAUCAGAGAUCAUAAUAGCUUAUGUUGAAUAAUUGUAAUCAUCCUAUUUUAUAAAUAAAGUUAAGAAUUACAAUUAUUAGAUGCUUAAAGAGAAAUUUCAAAGCUAGAAGAAGAAAUAAUUGAAAGACGUAAAAGAUUAUUAAUGAAUGCUGAUAACCACGGCAUAAAAGCAAAUAUAGAGAAAAAUAAGAAUGUUUCAAUUCUUUUGAAUAUGGUAACACUAACGACUUAUGCAAGGACGAACAUUAUAUUUCAUUUGAAGAAUUAGAAAAAAAGCUAUAGACUUCAAUAGAAAGAGGGAUAAACAGCGAUCAAGUAGAAGAAAAAUAAAAAUAAUUUGGAAAAAACAGGGUGACUUAAAAAUAGAAGUCUCCAUGGUAUAUUUAGUUACUGCACGAGAUGACUAACGUGUUUUCCUUAUUAUUAUGGGGUGCGGCUACCUUAUGCUUUUUAGCCUAUGGUUUAUCCCCAGAAGACCCAUCUUAAGUAUUUAAGAAAUUUAAACUAGCUUUAUUUAGGAAUUGUUUUAGUUGGUGUCAUUGUGAUAAUAACCCUUUUAACCUAUUUUUAAAAUAGGAAGUCAGAAGCAAUAAUGGCUGGUUUUUCAAACUUUAUUCCUCCAGAGGCUGUAGUUAUAAGAGAUGGAUAGCAAUUAAAAAUACCAGCUAUUGAAUUGGUUCCUGGGGAUGUAGUAAUAAUUGAUUUGGGGAAAAAAAUACCUGCGGAUAUAAGAAUAAUCGAGAGUAAUCAAAUGAAAGUUGAUAAUUCAUGCUUAACAGGGGAAUCAAUUGCAAUCAUACGAACAAUAGAAUGUACUCAUAAAGAGAAUCCUUUAGAGACAAAGAAUCUUGCAUUUUUUGGAACACUUUGUAAAGAAGUAAAAUAUUAAUAUAUAUUUCAGGGAAAUGGCAAAGGAGUAGUAAUAUCAAUAGGGGACAAAACUGUAAUUGGACAAAUAGCAGGGUUAGUUUCUAAUGCAAUAGUAGAAGAAACACCCUUAAAGAAAGAGCUGAACUAAUUUACAAUAUAUAUUGCUCGAAUAGCUUUGACAAUAGGAAUUCUCUUCUUUGUUUUGGGCUUUUCAGUCGGCUAUCGUAUUAUAUAUAUUUAUAUUAAGCGGUUAUAUAAAACUUAAUCUUUGCGAUAGGAAUAAUAUCUGCAAUAGUUCCAGAAGGUCUAUUGGCCACAGUUGUAGUAGCACUGGCAAUAACUGCAAAAAAGUUGGCUAGUCUUAAGGUUCUGGUUAAGAAUUUAGAGGGGGUUGAAACUCUUGGGUCUACCUCUUGCAUUUGUUCUGAUAAAACAGGUACCUUGACUUAAAAUAAAAUGACUGUCGAAAAUUUAUGGUACAAUGGAAAGUAAGUGAAGGGAGCUAACAAAGAAAAAUUUGGGGCUUCCUUUAAUUAUGAAUAUUAAUCUGGAGAGUAGUGUUUCGAUUUGUUACAUGAAACUGCAAUUCUGUGUUCAGAAGCUACCUUUGAUACUUCACUACCUUAAAAUAUUUCAAUGAAGAUAAUGAACGAUGUUGGAUUAUCUUAGGAAUAAAAAGAAAUCAAAUUAGAAGAAGCAAAGAUCAAAUGGUAAAAUAACUACUAGAGGUUAACCUGUUAAGAAAAGCCUACAAUUGGAGAUGCAUCUGAAACUGCUCUCAUUAUUUUUUUUUAACCAAUACAUGAUAUUUUACAAACUAGAUCUAAUUACUAAGUGGCAAUAGGAAAAAAUAACUAAUAGGCAAGAAAACCCUUUAAUUCAACAAACAAAUAUGCUAUUGUUAUUAUAGAAUAAGAUUUGGAUGAUUCUUAUUAUUGUUUAUUGACAAAAGGAGCUCCAGAAAGAGUUUGGAAAAUGUGCAAUCGAAUUUAUAAUCAAGGAAAAAUUGAAGAAAUUAAUGAUGAUUGGGAUCAUUAAUUUAAAGAAAUAAAUAAUAAAUUUUGCAAUUAAGGUGAAAGGGUUUUGGGAUUUUGUAGAUUGGAUUUACCAAAAUCUGAAUAUCCAAAAGGCUAUUCAUUUGAUAUGGACAAUUAUAAUUUUCCAUUUGAAUAACAAAUAUUUAUAGGUUUGAUAUCCUUAAUUGAUCCACUAAAGGAAUCUGUUCCCUUAGCUGUGUAAAAGUGUAAAUCAGCUAAUAUCUAAGUUAUAAUGGUUACAGGAGAUCAACCGAUAACUGCAGCAGCAAUUGCUAAGUAAUGUAACAUUAUAACAGAAAAAACUGUAAACGAGAUCAUGGAAGAAAAAUAGUUGACUAUGGAAGAUGCAUUUCAUUUAUCAAAUGCAUUAGUAAUUCAUGGCGAUUUGCUUACUAAAAUGGCGCUUGAUGAUGAAGGAUUACCAGAAAGUGAAAAAGGGAAAUCUCUUUAAAAGUGGCUAAGCAAACCACAAUUAGUAUUUGCAAGAACCAGUCCUGCUUAGAAACUAAUUAUUGUGACUGCUUGCUAAAAGAGGGGCCACAUAGUUGCUGUAACAGGAGAUGGAGUGAAUGAUUCACCUGCAAUAAAGAAGGCUGAUAUAGGCAUUGCUAUGGGCAUAACAGGAUCAGAUGUCGCCUAAGAUGCAGCAGAUAUGAUACUUUUGAAUGAUGAUUUCUCAAAUAUUGUUGUUGGAAUUUAAGAAGGUAGAAGAAUAUUUGAUAAUUUUAAAAAAGUAAUUGCAUAUGCAUUAACUGCCAAUACUGCUGAAUUAAUUCCAUUUUUAGCCUUUAUAAUUUUUAGACUUCCAUUGCCUUUAACAACUAUUUUGGUUUUAUGUGUCUAAAUUGGUACAGAUAUCUUUCCAUCGAUGGUAUUUGUAUUUGAAGAUGCUGAUUUGGAUAUUAUGACCCGAAGACCUAGGAAUAAAAAUGAACAUUUAGUAAGUAGCCAAUUAAUAAUAUAUGCAUACGCUUAAAAUGGGGUUUUAGAAACCUGCUGUGGGUUCUUUCAGUGGUAUGUUUGUUUCAACGAUUUUGGAUUUACUCCUCAAUCUCUCCUUUUUCUGCUAAAUAAAGAGGGAGUUAUUCCUAAAUAUAAUGACAUAUAUGAUCCAAGUGAUCCAUGGUUUGGAAAUUCUAAUUUAAGAGAAUUAUACCCAAACAAAACAUGUGAAGGAACUCAAUUAAAGGGGUCUUAAGAAAUUGAUUGGAUUUAUGCGAAACAUGGAGCUUAUGAUUUAAGAAUGACUCUCUUGAAAUGUGAAAAUAGAUAGAUAGUUUCUAGCAUUGAAUGGGGUUAGUGCAAUGUUGAGAUGAUAUCACCUGUCACAAAUAGACCAUAUUGCUAUCACACAGAAGCUUCAAACUAUGCGUAAACAUCAUUUUUUUUUGGUGUUGUUUUAGGAUAAAUAUGUAAUUAUUAAUCUUUAAGAUAACUUAAGAACUCCUUUAUCUAUAAUGGUAAAUAUAAGUAUUAUUUUAGGCUUUGAUAAUAUUCAUAUGUAUUUAGCCUACUUUUUGGAGUUGCUAAUUACAUUAUGUCUUUCCUACAUCGAAGUAUUCAAUGCUGGUUUUGGUACUCGAGAUAUAUUAUUUAUUCAUUAUGGUAUCUGUGGUCUUCCAUUUGGUAUUUUGAUAAUAAUUUGGAAUGAAGGACGCAAAUAUUUGGUAUCAAAGUAAUAAUAAUAAUUUAGAUUCGCUAUUUUAAAUCAAAGUCCUCAUAUCCAAGUUGGUGGGAAAGAUGUGUGAUUUAUUGAAUAAUCG